AUGGCACGAACCAAAAAGGGCACGAUCAAGAGUAGGAAUAAUCUCAGUGAAAUUCCCAUUGAAAAUUUUACUCUGAUCAAAGAAAUCACUUUGGACAAAUCAAAGAAGAGCAAAAGAGAUAGCAACAAAAGAUCUAAGAGGACCGUAAAAGCACAAAAUACAAAGCCUAGAAAGAAAAGUGUAAGCACUGCAGGAAAGAAGACUCCUAGAAAGGAAGAACCUAUUAAGGUGAUAAGCAAAAUAUCUUCCAAAAGGAAUUCAAAGGCUAAAAAGAAAAAGAAACAGAUUAAGAAAGGUAGAGCAACUAAGAAGGAUGGAUUAAGGAGAAGUACAAGACCCCACAAAAGGAUCAAGACCAAGGAUAAUGAUUUGAGCAUUCAACAAAUUUCGGAGGAUGAUAUUGAAGGCUAUAUUAGUCAAGGCGUCGUUACAGAAAUCAUGGAUGAAGCGAUGUCUCAAAGUAGCCAAUCUUCUAAACAGAAAGAAGUAGAGAGCAAGUUCAAAAUAAACACUGAUAAAGCAAAACCAGGCAACAAAAUUUGGAAGAAAAGCAUUCUUAUUACUAAUUCUCAUCUUAAAGAAAAAAUCACCAGGAAUCAAGAAACCCCAAACCAUCAUGAAAAACUAUUACAAAAAGGAUCAGCCCAAAGAAAAUAAGACCAAAAACCCAAAAUUCCAAAAUCCCACUCUAUAUAAUCCCCACUCCUCUCCCCCUCUCUCCAACCCCCACCCCAUAACCACCCUUGCACCACUACCACCUCCCCUCAACUCCCCCCUAAGCCCACCCUCUCCUCCAAAACCCUGUCCACCCCCUUCCCCCUACACCACCCUCCUAAUCUACAUCCUAGGUUGCCUCCUCCUACUGAUCCUGGUCAGCCUGACCACUGCUAUCCACUAGCUCUGGCUCUUAAUUCUUAUAACUCAUUUUUCAAUA